AUGGUCAACUGCAACACAAAGACCCUCCUGGGUUUCCUGGCCAUCGCUACCUUGGCUGAUGCCUACUGGCGUAUGUCAUGCAGUAUCAUCCAGACUGGGCGAGUUGAUCCCAUUAUUGCUCCUGGACGUGUUGCUGCGCAUCUUCACAAGGUCUCUGGAGCCAGCAACUUUGGCGUCUCGGCCACCUAUGACGACCUACAGGCUUCACGAUGCAGCUCCUGCGAGGUUCAAGACGACAAGUCGGCGUACUGGACACCGCAGCUCUUCUUUCAACACUCGAACGGCAGCUUUCAGCUGGUUCCUAAUGGCGGCACUGUUGUGUACUAUCUCGGCCGCGGUGAGAACAGGUCCAACAUUGAGCCAUUCCCUCCUGGAUUUAAGAUGCUUUCUGGAGACAGCACCGCUCGAUCGGCAGAUACAAAGACGAUGACAUACAGCAAGACUGGAUACAAGGGCCGACCAGUGGCAGAGCGUAUUAGCUUCGCUUGCCUGGACAGCUCUGGCCCUUCGAAGGAGCGCAAUUUUAUGUGGAAGACGGACUGUGAUAACGGCAUGCGAGCGCAGGUUCACUUUCAGACCUGCUGGAACGGAGGUGACUACCAACCCGAUCAGAGUCACGUCGCAUACUUGUCACAGAUUGACAAUGGCAUCUGCCCUCCAUCUCAUCCUCGAAUGCUCCCUCACCUAUUCCUCGAGGUCAUCUACGGAGUCAACAACAUCGACAAGAGCAAGGGUGGCAAGUUUGUCUUUGCCCAGGGCGACACGACUGGAUACGGGUUUCACGGCGACUUUCUCAACGGUUGGGAUAUGUCGGUUCUCAAGGGCGCCAUCAAGUCUUGCAUCAACAACGACGCCAUCGGGGGAGCCAUCUCCAAGUGUCCAAUCUUGGCUUCGUCGCAAACCCCUUUCUUCAGCGACAACUGCCCUGAGAUGCCUCCCAUCGUCAACGAGACUGUCCGCGGAAUGCUUGACCAGCUUCCCGGCUGCAACCAGGUCACGAGCGGCCCUGCCAAAGCACCCCAAGGUAUCUGUGCUACUCAGCCACCCUUCAAUGACCUUGGGGAUAUGGGCAUUGGUAAAUGGUUCAACCCUUCGCCGGGUGACAAGGUUGGAUCUUGGGCAUACCUUGGCUGCGCGGCAGAGGGGGUGAACGCUCGAGCGCUGAACAAGUACGCCGUCACCUCUGACAUUAUGACCAUCGAGUACUGCACUGCCGCAUGCAAGGAGCAAGGAUACCCUCUCGCUGGUAUGGAGAAUGGUCGCGAAUGUUACUGCGCAAGCGCGCUGACGAAUGGUGCUUCAUACGUGAAGGCGUCCAUUUGCGCAGCAGCACCCAAGAUGAUUUGCAGUGGCAACAUGACGCAGUAUUGCGGAGGACCCAACCUGCUCACCGUCUGGAAUGACACGUCCUAUACGCCUCCCGUUCAACUUGUUGUCGGCUCGACCAAGAUCGCCAACGGCACGGCUACAUAUCAAGGAUGCUUCGCUGAAGCCCAAAACGGUCGCGCGCUCUCGUCGGAUCGUACUGCCGACACUGUUGGCAUGACCAACGAGAUGUGUGUUGCCUUCUGCCAGGCUGGCGGAUAUCUCUAUGCCGGAACUGAGUACUCCCAAGAGUGCUAUUGUGGCAACACCAUUGGCGGCGAUAACAUCCCAGAUAUCUCCCAGUGCUCCAUGCAGUGCAAGGGCAACAUCUUCAGCUACUGUGGUGCUGGUAACAAACUGAGUGUCUGGAAGAUCACCCAACCCGAAAAGCCAGCUGGGCCUAUUACUGUCUUCAACGGCGCUGCCGUCUACACAGGUUGCUAUACCGAUGGAGGCCCUGGUGGUCGGACGCUGCCUGGUGCCGUCUUCACAGGCUCCUCCGUGUCGCUUGACACUUGCUUCGCCUUUUGCAAGAAGCUCAACUUCCCUCUCUUCGGUAUGGAGUAUGGACGGGAAUGCUACUGCGGCUACGCACCCAAGACACAGUCCUCGAUCGCACCCGACGGUGACUGCAGAAUGUCUUGUGCAGGCGAUGCCUCUCAGAAAUGUGGUGCUGGCAAUCGCAUCUCCAUCUGGAACAACACCCUUUACACGCCCAUGGCCAGUCCUGAAAGCUUCAACAUCCAGCCCCAUUAUCUCGGCUGCUACACCGAAGGCAAGAAGGGCCUGGCACUGGGCAAGGCCAAGACGUCGGGCAGCAAGAUGACGAUCGAAGUGUGCGCAAACUACUGCGCCAACAAGAACCUCGCCUUCAUGGGACUGCAGAAUGGUCAGGAUUGCUACUGCAGUAAUGCUGGACCAUCGAGCGGUAGUGUUGAGGCGCCUGAGAAGGAGUGUAACGUGAUUUGCAAGGGCAACAAGGCUCAGAAGUGUGGUGCGGCUAAGAGACUCAACGUCUACAAGGUCAAUGCCAUCAAGAACAGUGCCAAACCUGUUCAGGCCAAGGUUCAGGACUUUUCUCCUACUACCUUACACAAAGCGACCACGACAUCCAAGGCGGUCAAUGUCAAGGGCAAAGCGACAACCUCUUCCAAGGUGGCCAGCGUCAAGGCUAAGUCGACAACGUCCAAGGUUGUCAAUGCCAAAGCAAAGGCGACGACGACAUCCAAGUUGGCCAACGUGAAGGCCAAGACGACGACAUCCAAGGUGGUCAAUGUCAAGGCCAAGCCUACCACUACUGUCCGCCCGGCUGUCAAAGGAAAGACAUCAACGUCCAAGGUGGUCGUUCAGAAAGCCAAACAGACCUCUACAUCUCGAGUCGCUGUACAGGCAAACAAGACCUCAUCCUCAAAGGCCGUCAACAUCAAAGCUAAGCCCACCACCAGCCAUCGGGUAGCGGCAAAGGCCAAGGUACAAACGACUUCAAAGCCAGUCCAGGUCAAGGUGCAAGCGAAAUCUACCGCUCGCCCUACCACAACCUCUAAGGUUAUCAAAGUGGCAGCCAAAAAGGCAACUACGGCAAAGGUUCAGGCGAAGAAGACCACAACCUCCAAGGUGAAAUCGACUUCGACUCUUGUUCGUGUGGCCAAAAAGACUCGCAGGGCUUUGGAGCCUGAGGUGACUAUUGGUCCUGUUUUCAAGAGGAGAAAGGGAGAGGACUCUGAUGGGGUGAAGAAGAACAAUGACGGUGAUGACAAGAAUAAGGGCAAGGGUAAGGGCAAAGGAAAGGAUGAAGAUGAUAGUAACAAGAGGAAGACCUCAACCUUGACUAGCAUCACCUCAUCUUCAUCUGUCACCAAGACGGAGGACUCAAGGAAGGGAAGAGAGACCAAACACUCCGAUUACAAGAAGGAGAGCAAGGGCCGAGAAGAUUCCAAGAGGAAGAAAACCUCGACAAAGUAUUCUUCAUUCUCAGCUACCUCAACCGCCUCAGUAUCGAAGACUGAGGAUCCCAAGAAGGGAAAGCCAACCAAAGCACCCAAGAAAGGGGAAAAGGGUGAGAAAGGUGAGAAGGGUGAGAAGGGCACAAGCUCAAAGGAUUCGAGGAAGUCAAAGACGGCGACGACUCGCCCAACCCCAACUGGCUCGACUGCCUCUUCGCAGGCGACCAAGGACUCCAACAAGAGAAAGGGGCAUGGAGGCUCAGACAAGUCGAGGAACAAAAAACCCUCGACAAAGUCCAGGUUCAGGUUAGUUACGAGGAUCUCCGGGAAAAGGAGGAGAUCAAACAAGUCAGGAGCCGCAUCUUCGAGUGACGAUACGAUAUAG